AAGUGGAAAUUGCUAUAGAAAUAUUGGAUCUAAAUAAUAACUCAAAUGAAACUUACCUUACACAUUUGCACAAAACAAGUAAAGACUUAUGUACAGAGCAACAGUUGAAGAGAUUGAUUGAGCAAGAUGAUGUUCAAUUAUGUGAUAAAA